AAUAUGGGCUGAUUCCGCACACGUUGGAUAAUGCACUUUCAAUGCACUUUAUCCAUCGUUUGAGGUGGAUUUUUUGUUCCGCACACACAAAAAUGCGUUCCAAAUGAUCUAUAAAGAGGAUUGGAAGUGCAUUAUCCAACGUGUGCGGAAUGACACACUGUUAGAGCUGUGGCAUUAUGGUACGGCAUUUCCAUGCAGAAAGCCCCAGGUUCAAUACCCAGCAUGUCCAGGCAAAAGGAUCAGGUACUAGAUAAUGUGAAAGAUCUUCACCGGAAAUAUUCUGGCAAGUCACUACCAGGCCGUUUCCACAGUCAGUCACUCCUGCCCUUUUCCCACUUACUGUGUUUGUUUUGGUGAGUUGCUCUGAAAACAGCCUCUACACACACUCCCCAAAAGCAUUUACCUUUCAGGACAGCCUCCACACUUCAAAGAAAAAGCGGUUUGGGAGGGGAGGCCAGGCACUUCGUCAUCGUGGUCCGCCUCCUUUUCAGAUCUUUUUUUUUUGCUCUGCACAUCCGCAAUCGCAUGCUGAGAGCUUCCAAGGAGGAGCUGGGCGGUGAUCGUAGGAUUCCUCAGAGCUCUUUAGCCAUUCACAUGCCUAAGAACGCAGAAGAAGCGCUCUGUCAACCUGCAGCAGAGAAAAUACCAGGGAAAGUGCAGUCCCAGGAAAAAAAAGAUAAUUUUGCCCACAGAGCAGCUGUGCGGAAGGCUCUUGCCAAAGACAAAGAAUGGCAGGAAACAUUGUCAGCAAUUCUCCCACUCCUAAAGACCCAGGAUAUGGAAAUAGCUUACCUCGUCCCAUGGUGUGAGCUCGGGACUCCUCCCAAAGAGGGAGUUUAUGAGUUGAUUACGUAUCAGCAAAAACCAGGUGGGCCGGCAUUGUGGGGACGGGCGUUCAAAGCAGCAAUAGAUGCCCAUGUCAGUAAGAACUACGCUAAGCUUAUUGGUGUCUUCCACACUGAAUAUGGAUCGCUUAAUACAGUUCAUGUGCUUUGGUGGCACGAGAACCCAGACAGCCGUGCGGCGGGAAGGCAUCUUGCCCAUGAAGACGCCAGGGUGGUAGCAGCUGUACGAGAGAGUGUCCAGUUUUUGGAAUCCCAGCGAAACGUGCUCCUGGUUCCGGCACCAUUUUCACCUUUGAAAUAGUCCUCUACCAGCUGAAGGACUCGGCCAGAAACUUCUUUCCUUUCUGCACUUCUUUCCUCCAUGUAGAUGUUUGUGUCAUGCUGCAUACAGACUGUUGGACAUUU